CAAGCUUGAGAACAAUUUUUUUGUCAUUGCCCACUACGUGAAGACCACAAUACUCUUUUGCCUCCAAAUUCUGCUGGCCCUGUCUACCAAGCUCAAGGCCUUUCCAUUUCCUGAUGAGCACGACCUCGACGACGACAAGCCAUCCUCCGAACGCGUCAAACCGUAUGGCCAGACCUCCUGCAACCCCUGCACCGGCUUCUGUCCCCCCUGCACCACCGAAUACCCAACCUAAUCGUCCAGUUAGCCAUCCUCCACCCGUUAAUGGCGCUCAUCAUCCAUCACAACAUGCUAAAGUAAAGAAGAAGCCAGAAACGCCGGUAGACCCUGCUACAAUGUACGAAAGUUUGAAGAACAGAAUUGCUGCACUCGAAGAAGAGGAAGUCCUUGAGGAAGAGGAGGAGAGACGGUUCGCCGAAGAGGCCCAAAAGUCUAUGAAGGGCCUGGAGGAAAGUGCAAUUCAUGCAAAAUACAUCGAACUGUUCGCAGAAUUGAAACGACUGGAACGGGACCAUGCGAAGGAAAAGCAGAAGUUAGUGAAGGACAAGGAUGCAGCGAAGAGCCAGUUGACCAAGUCCAACCAGACGAAGACCAAGAUGGAGAAUUUGGCUCGAGAGCUGCAGAAGGACAAUAAGAGGCUACGUGAGGAUGGAAAGCGGCUAGCUCAGUGCGUCGAGGACGCACAAGACGAGCUGAUGCAAAUGAAGAGUGACAUUGCCAGGCGCGCAGACAAGGCAAAACAGCGCGACAUCAAAUAUCGUGAAAUGCCCGACAUUGUUGUCAAGGUGGUUUGUCGCUACCGUGCAGAACUGUUUUUCAAAAUCUCUCGCAAGACCAAAUUGUCCAAGCUAUUCAAUGCGUGGACCGAUCGGAUGGAGAAGACUGGCGGGAAAAAGGUGGAGGGAAAGGGAACAGCUGAGAGUGGUCAUCCGGUGAACACUGCCCAAAAGCAAGAGGCUUCCAACGCAAGUCUUGCGAUGCAGUUCAUAUUCACGCACGGUGGUCGUGCUGUAGAUGCCGAUAUGACCCCAGAAGAAGCUGGAAUGGAGGAUGGGGAUGAGAUUAUAGCCGUCGAGUUGAUGGAUCUAACGGAAGGCUCAACCACGGAUGAAUACGAGGAUGUGCUAGAAACUCAACGACCAAAAUUGACCAAGAACUGGACGGAUGAUCCACGAGAGGCCAAACGUUCUCUUGAGGAAAUCUUUGAUGGCGUCGUUCGUGAACGACUGAAAGAGGUCCUCCGACAGUAUGAACUUCGGGAACGGCAUUUCGAGUGCGUAAUUCGUUCGAAAGAACUCGAAGUCCUUCUUUCUCGAGCUCGAGCCGCCGAACAAAAACAGCUGGCAGAAGGCGAAAAAAUACGGGCUGAUAAGCUUGAGGAGGAGGUUCAUCAACUGAAGAAAGAUUUGGAGGAUUCCCAGAAUGGUCAGACGAUGCUCAUCGACAAGCUGAUACAAUGCUGUAAAGAGAUCCGUAACGACAAGCCUAACGCUGAACGGACUCAACGCUUAUUUGCAUCUUUGCGGGAAGAACUGGAGAAAAGGACACCGAUGAAUCGUGGUGGGGGCGCAGCCGUCAAUGGUGCAACUAGUAACACUGUGAACACUUGA